AUGUCCCCCACGAACGUGUCCCUGAACGAAGCCCUUCAGGUCGGAGGCACUGUCCAGAAUGAUCUCUUCUCGAUCCUUCUCGCCUUUCGAAAGCACCCUGUCGCCUUCACCGCAGACCUCUCGAAAAUGUACCGCCAGAUUCGCGUGGCCCCGUCCGACACUCGCUUCCAACGAAUCUUCUGGCGGGCCGAUCCGUCCGAGUUCAUCCGUGUCCUGGAACUCACCACGGUGACCUACGGAACCGCGUCCGCACCCUUUCUUGCUACGCGAUGUCUGGUCCAGCUCUGCGACGACGAAGGUGAAAAUUUUCCGCUGGCUGCCAAGAUUGUACGCGAGGCCUGCUACGUCGACGAUAUCUUGUCUGGUGCGAGCUCCCCCAAAGAAGCGCUCGACUGUCUGACGCAGCUGCAAGGCCUGCUCAGUCGCGGCGGAUUUCCUAUCCACAAGUGGACCUCCAACGAACCUGCGGUGAUGGAACGCAUACCUGAAAGCGAUCGAGAGAAGCUGAUCGAUCUGGACGGAUUGAUCGGCGGUGUGGUCAAGGCCCUGGGACUCUACUGGAGUCCAGGAGACGACGAGUUUCGUUUCACCGUCACCCAAGCUGAAGCAGAUGCCACCAAGCGCCGUGUCCUCUCGGAGAUCGGCAAAUUCUACGACGUGCUGGGACUCCUGUCGCCGGUCAUCAUCAAGGCCAAGAUCCUGAUGCAGCGAGUCUGGCUCGCUGGUCUAUCGUGGGACGUUCUGCUGGAAGGCGGAAUGAUGGACACGUGGCACCAAUUCCAGUGCGCACUCCCCGACGUGCGCGACAUCCGUAUCCCUCGGUACGUGAUCGGGCCUGGCAACCCGGGCCUGGAGCUUCACGGAUUCAGCGACGCCUCCAAGGUCGCCUACGGUGCGGUGACCUACGUUCGCAGUCCUCUCCCGAACGGCAAGUGCAAGAUGCGGCUGCUUUGCAGCAAAUCGAAAGUGGCGCCAACCAAGCCACUGGACAUCCACCGACUGGAACUGCUUGCCCUUCGACUGCUUUCGAGGUUGGUGGUGAAAGUCAUCGCGGCGCUGAAUCUCCCGUUCCGAAACGUGGUGCUGUGGUGCGACAGCCAAGUCGUGCUUGCGUGGAUCAAGAAACCGCUGGACCAACUACAAACGUUCGUGCGCAACCGCGUCGCGGAGAUCCGGAAAGAGACCAGCGGCUUCAUUUUCAAAUACAUUCGCUCCAAGGACAACCCGGCCGACCUGAUCUCUCGCGGCAUGUUUCCGGCCGCCCUGAUGAAAUGCGGUAAGUGGUGGGAAGGACCAGAGUUUCUUGAAUCCAUCGUGUACCAGGAGGAACCUACAAUCGAGAUACCGGACAGUGAGUUGCCAGAGUUGAGAACAGUGAAGCUAGUUACCUUGCUGGCCUGCAACACGACCGACUUCCCGAUCUUCGAGGACUGCAGCUCAUUUCGGAAGCUGCAGCGGAUAAUGGCGUACGUGCUGCGUUUCGUGAACAAUUGCCGGAUCAAGAACCCCACGGAACGAACUCGCCUACGCCAUCUCACCGUUCCUGAGCUGCGGUCGUCCCUGAAGCUGAUCGUGAAGGUGGUGCAGCACGACGUGCUGUCUCAAGAGAUCCAGCAAGUGGCCGAGAACGACACGGCCGGGCGUCUCCAAGGGUUGACGCCGUUCCUACACGAAGGCCUCCUACGAGUUGGAGGAAGACUACAGCAUUCCGAGCUGCCGUUCGCAGCCAAGCACCAGCUGAUCCUGCCCAAGCACCGAAUUACCAACCUGAUUGUGAAGGCUUACCAUGAAGAGCACCUGCACGCGGGGCCGUCGUCCCUGCUCGCAAUCCUGCGGAGACAGUUCUGGCUGCUCGACGGACGGUCGACAGUUCGGAGCGAGACGAGAAGCUGCGUGACGUGCUUCCGCGCGAAGCCACGCAGUACGAGCCAGCUGAUGGGGAGACUGCCGUCCUGCCGUGUGACCGAGAACCUUCCGUUUGACGAGGUCGGCGUGGACUACGCCGGACCGAUUUCUGUGAAGGUAGGAACCCGGAAGCCACAGAUCGUCAAGGCAUACUUUGCCGUCUUUGUUUGCAUGGUGACCAAGGCGAUCCACCUCGAACUUGUUUCGGACCUCACGACCGAGGCAUUCCUGGCCGCCCUCCAACGCUUCGUCAGCCGACGCGGCGUGCCUCGCCGAAUCCACUCGGAUAACGGUACAAACUUCAAGGGGGCCAAGACAGAACUUCACGAGCUGUACGUCCUCUUCAACGAACGCACCUUCACCGACCGGGUCCAGAUGUACUGCCAGCCCAAGGAGAUCACCUGGUCGUUCAUCCCUCCCGGCGCGCCGAACUUCGGUGGCCUUUGGGAGGCCGCUGUAAAGAGCACGAAGUACCACCUGAAGAGGAUCCUCAAGAACGCACAGCUUACCUUCGAGCAGUACGCGACCGUGCUUGCGGAGGUCGAGGCCGUGCUCAACUCAAGGCCGCUUUUCGCAACGUCAACCGACCCUGCGGAUCCGGAAGUCCUGACGCCGGGACACUUUUUGAGCGGCCGUCCGCUGACGGCAAUUCCGGAACCGGCGUACGAGGGAACACCGACAAACCGGCUGUCCAAGUGGCAGCACCUGCAGCUCUUGCGAGAGCACUUCUGGAGAGCUUGGCGACGGGACUACCUGACGACCCUCCAGCCAAGAGGAAAGAACCGGAAGGAGAUGCCGAACGUCCGCCCUCAAAUGGUGGUCCUGCUGGAGGAGAAGAACGCGCCGCCGCUUGAGUGGAAAAUGGGAAUCGUGACGCAAACUUACCCUGGACCGGACGGUCUUGUGCGCACUGCGGACGUGAAGGUCGGUGGAACCGUCAUCCGACGACCGACUUCAAAGCUGUCCGUCUUGCCGAUCCUGGACAACGAACCCGAAAAAACUGCUGCGUCUUCGUCCCAGCCAGGGGGGAGGAUGUUGGCGGCUAGACUGGCUGCGUAA